GGCCAACUAUAACGGUGUUGAUCUGAACAGAAACUUCCCCGAUGCGUUCGCUGGUCUCCGGAAACAACCGCAGCUGGAAGAAAGUAGGCGGGAGGCAGAGGUCAGAGCUGUGAUUGGCUGGUUGAAGAUGGAGAGUUUUGUUCUCUCUGCAAACCUUCAUGGAGGAGCUCUGGUGGCCAGCUAUCCCUAUGACAACAGCAACGGAGGUAGUGAGCUGGUGGGCGGGGCCAGUGUUAGCCCUGAUGAUGAUGUUUUUAACCACCUGGCGAAGGUUUACUCCCAUAACCAUGGCUCCAUGCACCGCGGGGAGCAAUGCCGCGACAGCGGACCGUUUCCGGAGGGCGUAACCAACGGAUACCUGUGGUACUCAAUCUCAGGUGAGCACCAUGCAUAA